ACCAAACCUCUUACAAAACGCUGAUAGUAUCUCUACAAAGACCAACUUGUUCCAGAAGAUCUUGUAAACUUUACAGGGACACCGAAUUCUACAUAACUCGAGUUCUGAAGAAAGACAUAGGAUACCAGGUGGAAAUGUAUACUCAGCUUUUAUUUUUGGUUUGCAUUGCUGGAUAUUGUGUGCCUGUAUUUGGUUAUCCAAAUGGAGCUAUAAGCGAUUCCUGUGAUACGAUGCUUCCAAGACAUGGAAAUAAUAUCCUGCAGACCAGUACGCCACCCUACAACAUCAGUGUGUCGAGAACCACAUUCAGUCCUGGAGAUGUUAUUACAGUUACAAUACAAUCCAGUUCUUCCGGUUUCAAAGGAUUUCUCCUGCAGGCAAGAUCAGUGGGAGGCAACAGGAUUGUUGGAUCAUUUACAAGCACAAAUGGGAACUCUCAACAACUUAACUGUGGACAGCCAAACACGGCACUCAGCCACACGAACAACAAUAUAAAAACAUCAAUCACAGCUAACUGGACAGCACCCACAGGAGUUGGACCUUUACGCUUCAGAGCUACUGUCCUGAGCAGUUAUAGCACUUUCUGGCAGGUUGAGAGUGAUAUCCUGAUAGCAUUGCAGAUAUCCAAUGACGCGUGUGGUUCGGAGAAGUUCUGCCUCAGUAGUCCAGCAAACUGCAGUCCUAACAACACCAACUGUAUGUUCAUGUCUUCAGUCCCUUCUGCUGAUGGCUACGUGUUUGAAAUGAGUGGUCCUACGUCUGGAUAUCUUGCCAUUGGGUUUUCUGAUGAUCAGCUCAUGGGAAAUGAUGACGUUUACCUGUGUACAGUGAAUUCUAGCGGAAAUAUUUUGGUUCAAAGAGCCUUCAACACUGGACGAAGUUCUCCGACUAUUCUUACUACGUACACAUCAGCAUCUGUUGUGACUCGGAGUGUAAAUGGGAUUUUGCAAUGCUCCCUCAUUACCCAGACAAGCAUUUCCACCCAGACAAGAGCCACUGCAGGUUCUAGCUAUUACGUUUUCCUGGCCAACGGGGAUUCUCAAGAAAAUGGACAGAUUCUCAAACAUGCAACAAGACCUAUCAUAUCUAACACAAGAGUUGAUCUCUCAAGUUUUUUGUCAUCCGGUAUACAGAUUGGAGGAAAUCGUGUAAUUCUGGCACAUGGUGCUCUGAUGCUAGUCGCUUGGAUGACGACAGGGACCAUUGGCAUGAUUAUGGCUCGUUACAUGAAGAGUGCAGCUGGAAAGCCGUUCCUGGGAAAGGCUCUUUGGUUCCAGGUCCAUUUGUUUCUGAUGAUACUUACUGUCAUUCUCACAAUCAUCGCAUUUAUAAUGGUUUUCGUAGAAGUUUCAGGCUGGGUAAAUGGGGCCCAUCCAGUACUUGGAUGCAUUGUGAUGAUCCUCUCUUUCAUUCAACCUAUUGCUGCUUUCUUUCGCCCAGACCCAAAGAGUGAGAGGCGUUUCAUCUUUAAUUGGGGACACAGUAUUAAUGCACUUGUGAUAAAGGUGUUGUCAGUGGCCACUAUCUUCCUAGGUCUGCAGUUAAUAGACACAUCCCCAACUCUUUGGUUGUCCAAGGUGAUGGGGGGAUUUUUUGCAUGGGAGGUUUUAUUCUAUAUCAUCCUUGAGACAAACAUGCGAAUAAAAACUAAAGAAGUAAAGGAAAACAGUGAAAAUAAGAUUGCGAGUGAGACAAUUGCUGUGGUGGUUUUCAUCUGUGGAAAUUUGGCUUUCCUGAUAUCGCUGCUGGUGGGCAUCGGAAGUUCUUAAGAUGUCUGUUGACGGUUCCACAGUCAAGCAAAUAAAUCUCAAAUCAUAUAGGGAAGAAAACAUUUCUACUCCCUGAAUCCGAAUGUUAUUUAUGAAGUGCCUGGGAAUUAAGUUUUUCAUUAUACUGGACAACUGAUACGUUUACAAUGAUGAAUCGCUCGGCGUGGUUCAGAAGGGCCUUCAAUGGCUGGUUUUGUAGAACACUAAAGAAAAGACACUAGCAACAUGAACAGUUUAUAUGUUUGAUACGUUUGUAUAUUUUUUCAUUGCCCUGUAACUAUUUUAUAUAUGCAUUUUAUUUUGUUUAUUUUGAGUGCAGUUAAUGUGCUGUUUUUUUAAAAUUGGUAAUCCCUGCACAAAACUUAUUUUAAAGGUAGAUAUUUUUUAUAGUCAAAGGCAACUUUCCACUGGUAUCCAUUUGGAUGUGUCAUGAAACAUGUAAAUAUGUAUGUACUAAAUAAAACUAUAAAAUCCUAA